AUGAUCUACCCUCAGCUCGAACGUGAAACAAAAAGUUUACAAGUGGCUGAGGACAUAGGAGAUGGUUACAAAUUUCUGCAGGCUCAAGAGGAGUAUGGGCAUGUCAUCACAGGAGCAGCGGGAAUAAUAAUCAAGAAAUACUUUGAGGACCAGGAGACAGCACAUGGCAAUGACAUCCCCAUGAACUGGAUUGGUCCCAAAGUUCGCCGUUGGGCCCGUUUACAAUUGCCCACAGGGGAAAUUGCAUGCUGUGCAUGGAAAGAAAAACAGACUGCUCCACAAGAUGUUCGGAGAGCACACUAUGUGAAGUUGUCUCUUGAAAACAGAAUAGAAUUCGCAGAGGUGGAAUUCUACUUUCAUGCAAAAAUCAACGAAGAAACACAACAUCUGGCACUCAUCUCCCUCAUUUCACGUCCUGAUGAAGACCUCUUUUCAGAAUCAUUUCACACCGUAUGGUCUGUCACAGAGCUUGGAGAUGACGGUCUUCAGGUUGUCAAUGCAAAAAGUAUUCUCUCUGUUGUUGCUGUCAUCCCACACAAUCACCACGUUGAAGAGACAGACAAGCGAUUUUUCAUUUGGGAGAACAUUGGGAGUGAUGUUGGUCUUUUAUCCGAUGCCGCAGGGGCUGUGGAUUCAGAUGAAUAG